UUCUACGCCCGCAGCCCCUGCAGAGCUUAAGAUAACUUUGUGACACACUCUUCACAAUCAUCCUUCUUUGGACACCCAUCUUACCCAUCUUCACCAUGCUCAGACUUCCAAGCCGACAAGGCCUUAGGGCUUUUUGCAAAUCCGUUCCUAGUCCUCUACGCUAUCCUCUUCAAGCGCGCCGUACCCACAGUCUCCAAGAGCCGUUCUCGGGUCCUCCAAGCUACGCGACCCUAUUCGAGCGCUUCUCUCCUUCGAAUCCCAGCCCCCUACAUUAUUACUCUCGGCUAAAGGCAGAAGAAAAUAUAGCGCGUGGUACAUUUGUUGAUAUUCAUGACAUUGGUGCCAUGGACCCGAAAGAUUAUGAUGUGCUGAUCACGGAUAUCGACGACAACACGCUACACAAGGAGAUUUCGGACCGCGUGGGCAUACCAUACCUCAAGGAGGCGACUAAAGAUGAGGCAGAUAAGGUGGCUGACACCAUCCGUGGUUUUGUCUACGGUCGAAAGUUCCGCAUGAUACUUCCAUGUGCCCUCACGAUUAAUGAGAAGGCUCACUGGGUCUUCUUUAUUGUUGAUAGUGGGGCCCCACUGACGUACAUCUCAACUCAGGUGGCGCAAACCUUCAAGCUUAACGAGGAUGAGGACCCUUGGAAUGGCUAUAUUGCUGGACACAAACAUGCAAUAUAUAUGGCACCACCGGAUUCACACUUCGCCAACAUCAACAUUCUUGGCGGAGACUUUUGCCAUAUGAAUCGACUUCGUCCUUGGGUGGACGAUGAGCAUCGAGCGGUAACAUAUUACAUUGGCAACAAGUGGGAUGUUACUCCUAAGCUUUGAGGCUAGGUGCUGCCGAGGACACAUCGGAACGAAUAUUUUGAAGAAGUUACCUACCGUGUGGUAACGAUGGUGGAUUCCGCUACGUUUCGUGUAGUGGCACCACCGCUCCACGACUCUCCUGACAGGCUUGA